AUGAGGAAGAAGGGAACCGGAGCCUUCAGGCUCCUCAAGGAAGCACCAUCUUAUGAACUGCUUGCACUAACCAUGCUUGCACUGACCACACGAACCUCGAAGUGGAAAGAUUCCCCCAUGCUGCAGAAGCAUGCAAGCUCCGAGAUCAUGGAAGCAGUUUCUGAGCUCGAUCAAGAACCUGAGCGUGACGAACUGGUGUCCGCAGUCAAGAGUCGUGAAACUGCCAAUGCUGUAGACAAAGGCAAUCAAUUUGAAAUGAAGAGCAUGGCACUCGUUGAUGAGUCAGCCACAUCUCCUACUGCUGGAAUGCAGUCCAAGCUCGGAGCUCAUUCCCCUUUCUGUGAGGUCCAGAUUAUAGCCGCCAUCACAAAGCAAACCUCGAUACAUCCUCACUCCGACAUAGGCAUUAAUGUCCAAGGCCGUACUGCUGGCGUGGUUUCACCUGUCACAGUGGACAUGCACUGGGAGUCUCCUACUACUGUCUGGAAGGGUUUGGAUUUGACUGACAUACCCGUGGACUGGCCGGAAGCUGCAGCUUUGAGGUGGAACCCACAGCCAUUCCCGUUAGCAGAAGCCGAUGCCGAGAAUUUGAUCACAGUGGACGCGGCUUCUGUGUUACUCUCUCCCAUUGUCCUUGAGUCCCUGGGAUUGCCCACAAAUCUGACUCAUGUGGUCGAUGAAUUUGACCCAGAGACACAUCUCAUCACUUCACAGAAUGAAGCGCAAACCACACUUCAUCUCACAAUGCUGGCGUCCGAUGAGAUGAACCCACGGGCGAGGAUUCCAUGCUAUGUGUUAUACAUUAUCACGCUGCAUAUCGUAGCAGGAUUCUGCAUGGUUAUCCUUCUCCCCACGCUCUGCGGAUGCGAUGUUCUCCCUCAGGCUCUUUAUGACAACAAUAUAUGCUUUUCAGUCACUUCAGCACGUCGUGAUCAUCAUCCCAUAUACUCUCCGAUGCCACUCUCAGCCAGUUCCACUGCGAGUACUGCCAUAGGUGCCCGAAUCAUUGACAUGCUUACGUCGGAAACCUAUCACCAUCAUGAGCGCUCUGAUGUCACAUAUCUGAAACGUCUUCUUGGAUUGCAGGCGAUAGACUCAUACCCGCCUUCUGUCGUUCUCGACUCUAUUUUCCAAUCAGGUCACUGCUGGCCAAUGAACAGGAUGUCUGGAUAUCUCGGCAUAGAACUACCUACUGUGAAGCAUAUCCUUAAUAUCACAAUUGGUCAUGUUUCACCGGAAUUAGCUGAUGACAUUCGUGCCGCUCCUCAUUCACUCAUAGUAUGGGGCAUGCUGGAGAAUAGCAAUCUGCAGGACCCUUUGACUGCUCAUGAGUGA